UAUAGCCCAGUGGUUUCUAGCGUUCAAUUGCAGUCUUUUAACAGACCUGGUGAAUACAGGAUGUUGUUUGGAAGUGUACUCCUUAUAAGUGUGAGCCUAAGCGCUGCGGCUCCACAGGGCCCCGUCAAUAAUUUCUUCAAGGGUGUUGGAAAUCUGUUAGGAUUUAAUGAGAGGGCAGGGGAGGUGGAUAAUUACAAGAAUGCACCGUAUUCAGUUACUGCUAAAUUUCAAGGGUACGAGGAGAGACUGUAUCCUGGACAGAACUGGGUUUGCUCCAAGGGAGAUGGAGAAGAUAGCAUGUUCAUGAAUAUGUUCAGAUAUAUUUCAGGAGAUAAUGAUAGAGAACAGAAAAUAGAGAUGACUGUCCCAGUUAUGACAAAAUUUCAGCCCAAGAGUUCUCCACCUACCCCUACUGAUCCUAGAGUGAGAAUUGUAUCAAUACCUACUUCAUCAUACCUUGUCAAAACUAUCGAUGCAGGAUUCCCAGAUUGGACUGAAGAGAGCAAAAAGUUCAGGGCUGAGUUAACUGGACAGGAUGGAGUUGAUUUGUCCACCUACUACACAAUGGGAUACGACUCGCCAUUUAAACUUUUCAACAGGAGAAACGAAGUUAUGUUCCGAAAAUUGUAA